AUGUUAUCUUCUAUUGCAGAUGCAGUCCAGCCGUUAUGUGUACUCGAAUCGGACUUCGGGUUCAAAAUAAACUGUGCCUUCAAAAAAUCAGGACUAUUCAGAGUAAGGAAUCUAGGUGGAGUUAAAGCUCACGCUAGCAUAGGUUUCAGUCUAGGAGACGAGCUAGGAUUCGAACAAUCGCUCACCAACCAGGACCCCAGCAGACGAAGAUCUGUCAACUUCAAGAAUGGAGCUCCAAAUAUACUGGUUGAUACCACCAACCGCCCCGCGGCAGCGGCCAAGCAAGAAAAACGUGGCAAACAGAACCGUAUAAUGAUGAGACCGGUAGCGCCCGUCACUAAACCGAACCAAGCGUCGAUGGACAAGUUAUCAUCAUUGCACAGACGUGUCUCAACCAUGGAGCCUAUCGUGGUUCCCGGCGCUGAGAUGCCCGCGUUCAAACCGCAACCCGCGGUAACCAUGGCUAAACCCAUGCCCAUGGGUAUACCCGCCUUCAAACCAUUACCACCCAAGGAAGAAACCCUCAAAGUGCUCCCAAUAGCCGCCAAGAAGACGUACUCCCCAUGGCCGGUCCCAUCCAAAACAGGAACUGUCUACCAAAGUGAGAUAUCACCAACACAGUAUCACACCACGAAAAUCAUGAAACCAUACAAAUCAUCCAACAUCAACCCAUUCGUUCCCAUACCAUCACAAUCAUCUAUCAUGCCGAUCCAAACCAAUCCCAUUUAUAACUUUGUAGACCCAGUACCUCAUCAAGUUCACGACAUAGCGAACAGCUACCCCGCGUACAGCACCAAGAAGAUAGACGAUUACAACAGCAUUAGCGGUUAUAGCGACGACACUACAUUAAAAUUUAAUAAAGAAGAUAUAGACGCGAAAAUAGCUGAGAUAGCCAAAGCUGGGAACAUCUCAACAGAAGCUGUUGAAGCGGCUAUAGCGCUCAGACAACAACAACUGUUGAGCAAAUACGCUAACAUACCAACACCAACAACAACGACGACGACGACAACAACAGAAACUGUUGUUUAUCAAGAACCCGAACCGGAAAUCAUAGUGGCUCCUGUACCGCAAAAACCAAAAAGAAACCCAACAACAGGCAAAGUAAUGAACGCUCCUCGCGAGUAUUAUCCCGUGGGAUACGAAAAGAACUUUGAUGACCACUUCCAGUCUAAAGUGGACCUGCCAGACACCAGCUUCCACUGUGGAGAUCAGAAAUACUUCCCUGGACUAUACGGAGACGAGACACUAGGAUGUAUGGUGUUCCACGUAUGCGCCCUAACAGACGAUGGUCUAGUAAUGAAGUCCUUCCUAUGCCCGGAGUCCACACUCUUCGACCAGACUAUUCUCAAGUGUAACUGGUGGUUCUACGUGGACUGUAAACACACAACCAGCCUCUACGACACAAACAUACCAGUGUCUAAAAGCUACCAGCUUAUGAAGGCCUUAACCUUCUUCACAUCUUAUAAAAAGGAGAUGGAAAAUGGUGAAACAAUGAACCCCGAAGACAUAGGCGGAGUUAAAGAUGCUAUAACAAUACUACAGAACCAAGAUACUAAGACGGCUGAGAGCGAACGAGUACAAGUAGUGACGUCACUGCCGCUCAUAGACGAGAGAAGCAGGAAAGAGAACUAUACCGCGCCCGUGUACAGAGGAACGAGGGAAUAUAAUGAGACGGAGAAUGAGAGAAAGAGACGGAAAGAGAGUGUGACAGAGAAAGAAAGUGACUUGAAAUAUGUUACAGUUAGAACAGACAUGACUUACAACAAGACUGAUAGUACAGAGAACAGACGGCUGGCUCACAGACACAGGGGAUUGGCUGCUACUACUACUACUACUACUACUACUACUACUGUUGCUACUACAGAGAAACACGAUAGUCCACUAGUAGAGAUCAUGAAGCAAGAAAUACAACCUAUAGAAAAUAUACAGACGAGAAGAGAAACACUCACUGAUCAGAUAGACGAUACAGACGGAACAGAUACACGACCUGUGAGGAGGUUCUAUAGGUCGAGUGGAGAGAGAGGGACGGAGAUAGAGAGGGAGAAAGAGAUAGAGAUAGUUAACAACGAAAGGGUGCAGAUAGUGAGGCCGGCUAACAUAGAGGCGAGGCUAGACGACGCUGUACUAGGACGAUCAAGACACAAAAACACACAUACAUAG